AUUUUCUCUGCCUUGCUAGAACCAAAGCAGGGUGAUUAUAUUCUAGCAGGUUUGCAAUGGUGGAUGAGGGAACCAGAAAAACCCUAAGUGCCAUACCCCUUUUGAAGACAAAGGCAAGCCCACGGGAUAAAGAUAUGUGGGUCCAGAGGCUGAAGGAAGAGUAUCAAGCUCUUAUCAAAUAUGUGCACAACAACAAGAGUCAAGACAAUGACUGGUUCAAGUUGGAGUCAAACCAGGAGGGCACACGAUGGUUUGGCAAGUGCUGGUAUAUACACGACCUACUCAAAUAUGAAUUUGAUGUUGAGUUUGAUAUACCAGUGACAUACCCUAUGACUUCACCAGAGAUUGCAAUUCCAGAACUAGAUGGCAAGACAGCAAAAAUGUACAGAGGAGGGAAGAUCUGCUUGUCUGAUCACUUCAAGCCACUGUGGGCUCGGAAUGUUCCCAAGUUUGGAAUUGCACAUGCCAUGGCACUUGGGCUGGGUCCUUGGCUUGCAGUGGAGAUUCCUGACAUGAUCAGCCGUGGAGUUGUGACAUACAAGGAGAAGAAGGGCCCUGGAGACAAAGAUAAUACAUGACAUUCCCUUCCCAGCCAGAAAAUUUUAUGCUAUUUUUUUUUCUUUAUUUUAUGGUGGGUUAUGAUUGAAUCAUGUUUGAUCCGCU